UUUUGGUAACGUAAGAGUAUAUGCCCGUCGUUGAAAUAUUGAAGUGACCGAGUGAUUUAGUGAUUGUGUGCCUGAACGAGUGGACAAAUUAGGUGGAUAAAAACCAGCCGCAGAAGUUGCUGAGAUUUAUGACAUGACUUGAAAGAUGAAGUGCCAUGAUGAAGCGUUCUCGCUUUUAUUUCCUGUUACAACAAGUUUCUGGACCGACGAAACCGCUUGGCCAACGCAGAACAUGGCACAUUCGACAGCAAGCGCGUGGCUGACAAAAACCGGCAAAACAAGCUUUUUUUUGCAUAGAGAAGAUGAUGCAAAUCCGGGACUCCUGCAGAAAAUUUCAUCAUGGUUUGAGCCUUCCUCGACCUCCUCGAAUGCCUUUUUCCAUUCCCCCCAAGACGAUACGAACGAAAGUUCCAAAAUGCGCCAACAUCACUGGAACGGACAACAUUCCACUACUCGCGGUAGCCGAACAAGUGCUCAUAGCGGUCACGGAAGAAACGCAAAAACGUUUUUCAUCGCACCAUCGGAAAAUUGGGAGGCUUGGUUCUACAAUAUGAUGCCGCGAGAUUUCCACAGCAGCUUCAAAUUUCCACAAUCGAGGCUAAGGCAGUGGCCGGAAGGGCCAGUGGGCGCGAGAGCAACAUUCGACGAAAGCUGGGCACACGAACAGUACAUCAACUAUAGAUCGAUUUGAUGAUUAGGGGCUCAACAUUCUAAGCAGUUGUACAUGAACAAGUGUAGAGAAAUAAUUCGAUCGAUCCAAUUGGUGGAGACUUCAAUUAUAGAUGAAGUGUCACUGAUGUUAUUCUACGAUUAAAUAUCAGAACAAAUGAGACCCCUCUGCUCGCUGUAACUCAUUCCUGAGCUUUCUUUUAGACUUAUUUCAUUUCUUAUUCGGUUUUUCGUAGGAUUCGGAUUAGGAAUAGGUACCUACUACAUCAUGGUUAUUUUUGCGCUAAAAUAAGUACAUGUAUCGUCGACUUCUUUCACCUCCACCACAAUUGAAAUCCAGAGAGCGCUUGAACCCGAGAGGCAUGCAUUAUUGGCUGGACGAAUUGAAUAUGCUUAAGAAGCGGCGGAUGUUCGGCGCAGAUCCGGAGAUGGCUCCGCCUCCUUGCAACGCUCGUCAUAUCAUCUACCCUAAUAUUCUCUGUCGUCCUC